AUGGAAAGCUGCACAAGAGAGCACAUAGUGAUGCUACCAUUCAUGGCGCAAGGCCAUCUCAUCCCUUUCCUCGCACUAGCCAACCGAAUCCACACCACUUUCGGCUUCACCGUCACCAUCGCCACUACCCCACUCAACGCCCGCUACCUCCGCGCUGCCGUGGCCACCCACGCCGCCGGCCCCAGUCACAUCCACAUCUCCGAGCUCGAGUUCGACGCGCCCCGCCACGGCCUCCCUCCGAACACCGAGAACACCGAAUCCCUUCCCCUCCACCUCAUCGUCAACCUCUUCCACUCCUCCACCUCCCUCGAAACCCCAUUCCGAGCCCUUGUCCAACAAAUCUCCUCCUCCGACGGCAAACCACCGCUCUGCAUAAUCUCCGACAUUUUCACGGGCUGGGCAAACGCCGUUGCCGCCUCCUGCUGCACCGUCAACGUCACAUUCACCACCUGCGGCACCUACGACACGGCCGCCUACGUCUCCUUGUGGCAGCACCUUCCGCACAAACACAAGGACACGGAAAUUGACCCCUACUUCAAUCUGCCCGGCUUCCCGAAUUCCUGCAAUUUCCACGUCACUCAUCUCCACCGCUUCAUGAGGGCCACCAACGGCACAGAUCCCUGGUCCAGAUUCUUCCAGCCGCAGCUCGGAUCCUCCCUCGACUCCUUCGUGUGGCUCUGCAACACGGCUGAGGAGAUGGAGCCGUUGGGGCUAGACAUCCUCAAAAGAUACACCAAUCACCCUGUCUGGAGCAUCGACCCACUUAUUCCCCGAGGAAUGACAUCGCCCGGCGUAAUCGGGCAGCACACGGGUCGUGAGCCCGGAAUGUCAACGGAGAUCUGCCUCUGGUGGCUCGACUCCCAUCUGUAG